UAAUUUUUGUGAAAAAAAUCCCCACUCCAAGUUCCAAGCAAAAAUUUUCAGGGGGGAAAAGGACCGCCAUCGUCCUCUGGCAGUAGUGCUCGUUUCCUCUUCUAAGCUAUCAGCUUUCAGUUCCGCACCGCAGACGAAUACAAGGUGUCCCAUGUGAAAGGAAGGAUUUGGGUGUCUUUGAGAGCGUGUUUGUGGUCGUUUAAUGGCAUUCUCUGCAAUUAAAUCUGGGGAAUUGGUGACUUUGAAUGAUUUGCACCCAUCAUCUCCUCUUUUUAAGAAUGGAGCUUCACUUAGAGUCACCGGAAAAUCCCUUUGUAGGCUACAAGAAUAUACUGUGGAAACAGCCAUUGCUAUAAUUGCCGACGGAAACAAAAUCCUGAAGAUCGACACUCAGCACUUAAGAGACCUUAGCUUUCGAAUCGGUUCUGUUUACCAGUUCAUUGGUGAACUUGUUGUCCAACCUGAUAAUGAGGCAAUCUUGCAGGCACGAGUGGGUAGGAAUGUGGAUGGCAUUGACCUCAACCUUUAUCAUCAGUCUCUACAAGUAUUAAGACAGUUUCAAGCCGACCACCUAAAGAAUUCCACAAUAUGAUGCACAUUGAAGUUUAUAUAUCCACUAGUUUGUCUUUAGAUCUAGUCUAACCAACUUAUUCUCAAGACGACCAAUUUGUUCAAAUUCUGAUCCCUUUGCAAUCAAUUUCAAUAUGUAACAUUACUCAAUAAAGAGACUCACGUAAAGCAA